GUUGAACUUGAACUUGUUUCAAAGAUCCUCGAGGUUCUCUAGUCCAUUUCUCCUGUCAUGCGUUCCCUUCUCUUGAUUGUCGCAGGACGGAAGGUGCUCUUCGACGAUAACGAGAGCCCGCGACCGGCCACCCUCGUUAUCAACACAUCGACAGGAAAGAUACAGGAAAUUCGUCCCGUCUACACGUCCAAGGAAUCUGCCACCAUACCCGCAGAAGCUAACGCGCGAUGGGUCGAUGCCGGGGACAAGCUCGUCAUACCAGGUCUAGUGGACGCCCACGUACACCUUAACGAGCCGGGCAGGACGGAUUGGGAGGGCUUUUGGACGGGGACGCGGGCUGCCGCGUCGGGCGGAGUCACCUGUGUCGUGGACAUGCCACUAAAUUCCAUACCACCGACAACCACGCUGGAGAACUUCGAGACUAAGAAGAAGGCGGCCCAAGGCCAGUGCUUCGUUGACGUGGCCUUUUGGGGAGGCGUCAUCCCGGGAAAUGAGGAUCAUCUUGUACCUUUGGUUGACGCAGGUGUUCGCGGAUUCAAGUGCUUCAUGAUCGAGAGCGGUGUCGACGAGUUCCCUUGCGUAAAUUCUCAGGACAUCAGGAAAGCGAUGGACCGCCUUCAGAAAACGAAGGUCCCUCUCCUGUUCCACGCUGAAUUAGCGUCAGAAAACUCGAACCAGGAUUUCUCUUCCCUGGAUCCAACCUUGUACUCGACCUUUUUGCAGUCACGGCCACAAACUCUCGAGUCAGACGCUAUCAAGGAAAUUAUCUCCUUCCACGCAGACUAUCCCGACCUCCGGACCCAUGUCGUACACCUCUCUGCAUCUUCUGCCCUUCCAUCCGUGCGCGAGGCGAAGAAGGCCGCCAACUUCACCAUCGAGACCUGCUUCCAUUAUCUCUGCCUCGAAGCGGACGACAUCCCGCACGGGCACCCUGAAUUCAAGUGCUGCCCGCCCAUCCGCGAAGCCGCGAACCGCGAGGAGCUGUGGGCCGCAUUGAAGGACGGCACCAUUGACUGUGUCGUCUCGGACCAUAGCCCUUCUGUCGCCGAACUGAAGUGCCUCGAUGAUGGAAAUAUCAUGAAGGCGUGGGGAGGGUGCAGCUCGCUCGGGCUCGGGCUCAGCUUAUUGUGGACGGAAGCCUCUAAGCGCGGUGAUAUCGCUCUUGCGGACAUUGUACGGUGGACGAGCCGUAAGACGGCAGAGCACGCAGGUUUGGCGGCGCGCAAGGGCCAGCUGCGCGCUGGAUAUGACGCAGACUUCGUUAUUUUCGAUCCGGAUGCGUCCUGGACGGUCACGAAGGAGCAGAUGAACUUCAAGAACAAGCUAUCCCCGUACGAGGGACUGACCUUGCGCGGACGCGUCGAACAGACAUGGCUGCGGGGCGGGCUCGCGUAUGAUAUCGCCAGCUCUGACCUAUUUGUAUCGCAGCCGCGAGGUCAGUUGCUUUGAACGUCUGUGAAUAUGGUCUUGAUUACUCUACGAAUUCGAGGGGCCUAGCGGUAUAGACAAGGGCGCGCGUACCGUAGCUGGAAGGAACGAUCUGUUGAACAGUGGCCACAAAUUCCGAUGAACAAGGGUAGGCCUCGCAUAUAUCGUAGUGAGGAGAAUGUGUGAAGCCUACGUACCCGUG